GCUCCAUCCAGGCAGUCGUCAUCUGGCUCUUGUUAUUCAAAACAAGCCUUAUCACAUCACUACAAAAGGAAGGAAAUUUCAGUUGGUCUUUACUUCAAUUCUUUUACUCACGACGAAUAACUUUUGACUGAUUCAACCAGAGUGAAAAAGACUGAAACUAUAAAAUGUUUCCAGGUAUUCAAAAAGUGAUAUUAUUAUUCUUGAUUCAAUUUACCAUAAACAUUGCUGCCGUUUCAUCACGUCAAAUCAGCGUCGUCGCUCAUAUGGUCAAUUCUCCGGGAGCUAUUCGCUGGGCAUUGGACCAAGACGCCAAUGGUAUCGAAUUUGAUUUGAAUUUUUCAGGUGAAAUUCCAACUCACUUCGGACAUGGAACUCCUUGCGAUUGCACUUGUUUAUUUGGAGCGUCAACAGCAAGCAGCAUUUGCAACAGAGACAACGUAUGCAAAGUCUCGACUAGCGCUACAGUGAUGACAACCUUCUUAGGCAAUAGUUCUGAAAAUAUCUUUUCUCGUUUGGCGCUGAUUUAUGUCGACAGCAAAAUUAGCGACAUGUCAUCGAAAAAUUACAUCGCAGCUGGGGCCAAUGUAGUGCGCCUAUUUAAUCAAAAUGUCAUGGAAAAAGGUUUCAAAGGACAAAUACUUAUCGGCUGUCCAGAAAUUGAACAUUCUGUUUACCUGCAUGGUGCUCUGCAAGAAGCCAAAAAAUCCAAGUAUGCUGAUAGGUACUUCUAUACCAUCGACGGAGAGACAGGAGAUGCAAAAGAAGUCUGGGAUACGUUAUCAAAACUGGACACCAAAAAUAUCGCCUAUUCAACAGGCAUUUCAGUUUGUUCACCCAGAACUUUCCAUUCGGCCAUCGAAUUCAGUCUUGAUAAAAAAGCUUACGCUGGCGUCGGUAUUUGGACUAUCGAUUUGGAGUCAUCAAUGAAAGAUUACAUCGAGACUGGUGUCGAUUUAAUUUUGACCAACAGACCUAAAAUAGCUGCUGGAGUGGUUGGUCUUAGCAACAUUCCUUCGCCCGGCAAAGCAUUGUCGUUUUCUUUUUACUGGAAAUGUGAUUGCAACUACCGCGGUAAAGGGAUUUUUGGUGGAGGUUGUAAAAUUUCAAAAAUAGCUCCUCCCAAUUACGCUUGCAAAUGUUCCUAUAAAGGUGCCUGGACUUGUGGGGGGGUCACGGUUAAUUGUAGAGACAGCUCUUCUCAGCAUUGCAAGUUGCCAAAUGCUUCAAAGGGGGCCUGUCAAUUAGGUGGAGGUGAUUGCGAUGGAUACUAGUUUCGUUUAUAUUAAUGUUAUAGUUGUUAUAUCCAUCAAACAAUAAAAAUCACAUUUAAAUUUUAAA